AGGGACGCAGUCGUGGAGACGUGAAAAUGGGCGAUGAGGGCUCUGGAGUGGGGGAGCUCGCGGCUCCCCUGGAGGCUCCCGGGCCCACGGAAGACCGGCUUUUCCUGGUUAAAGGUGGAUUUUUCCUUGGUUCUGUGGCCACGGCGGGAAUGCUAGCUGGAUUUCUUACAACAUUGUCAAUGGCUAAAAAGAAAAGCCCUGAGUGGUUCAAUAAGGGAACUAUGGCCACAGCUGCCUUACCAGAGAGUGGGUCCUCCCUUGCCUUGCGAGCCCUGGGCUGGGGCUCACUCUAUGCCUGGUGUGGGGUUGGCGUGAUCAGCUUUGCAGUCUGGAAAGCUUUAGGAGCACACAGUAUGAAAGACUUUCGAAAUAAAAUGCAAUCAAUAUUUCCAACAAUUCCCAAGAGCUCUGAACCAGCUGCUGAGUGGGAAGAAGCAUUGAAAUCUGAAUGAAUGAGCAUGGAUGAAUUCCAGACGAUUACUGCAGGAAAGGUGGCUUUGGAGACACCACAACAUAGCAAGCACAGGGUGCCUUCUCCUGAGGAAUAUGUGCAGAUUGCUAACGAUGCAGAUGGACGGGUGCAGCCUCCCCAUCAGCAGGCAGUCUUUUUCUGUGUCUAUGUCUGUGUCUGUGAUGGGGGAGGGAAUGUUCUUCCCAAAGUUAAGAUGACUAUUUUAAAAUAAUAAUUACUGGAUCCACCAGGUUAGGGAGGGGUGGGAAAUCCCAGAGGAAAUACUUCUGUUUAUAACAAUAAACCAAAUUUUGUACCUGGAAAAAAAAAGUUGACAAAAUCAUAAGCAUAGCCCUAACAUCAGUAGUACCUCAAAGUAUCCAAACAGUCUCUUGUCAGCAAGUGACUACAAGAAUUUGGAAGACUUAUUCCUAUUAGCCAGUCUGCAAAGUGGCAGGUUCAUAGGUAAAUCCAGUACAACAAGAAAUGCAUGUGGCUUGUCUUUGAUUCACAGCCAGCAAACAUGUGCCCAGUUGUAGACCUGAUGGCCUCACUUGGAGGACCUAUAAAUUCUUAUGCUUUGGACAAAAGUCCAGAAACUGAUUAUGGUAAGACUUGUAAAGGUACAGUUGGGCUAAACUAAUAAUGAUGUCAUUGCUAUAAAAUUUUUGAAAAUUUGGGUUUCUGAAUAGUGACUGAUUAUUUGUAGUUUUGACUUGUCAAAGUAAAAACAGCAUAAUUGGUGCCUAUCUUUUAAAUAUGUUUAACCAAAAAGUUACCUGAGUACUGGCUGUCAAUACUAAGUAUUUGGUACCACUUCCUUAAUGAAGCUAAUUCUUAUAGACAUACUCAACCUCUCCUGACCUCCACGAUCUCUUACAGAAAGCAGAUGGAGAAUAAUGUCCACAUGCCUUUAUUUUUACUUUAAAUUAAAACUUUUUUAAAGAAAUGUUUAGUAUGUCCAGAGAAAUUCCCUCUAGUUGAACAUCAGUUGUGCAGUUUCUUCAGAAUUGCUUAGGUUCUAAUUAGUCAGCAAUCGGGUUUAAUAAAGUACAUUUGAAAUUUCUGUUACAAUGAAACUUUUUGGUUCUAAGGGAAAUUUUUAAAUGAAAUGUCAAAUGCAUAAUGUAACAUUUUUCUCUAGACCACAUUACCCUGUUAAUAUUGCUAUAUUGUUAAUUAAACAAGUGUAAUCAGUGUCUGGGAUUCAUAUGUAACCUGUUAAAAAUCCAAGAUCAAAAGGAAAGGAUUAUGAAAUUUAGCAGUACAUGUGGAAUGGCACAUGUCUUUCAUUUUAACUAAAUCUCUGUGAAGAAAAGAUUUCUGAACUUUGAGUGCAGUGAAGGAAAGGCAGGAACAAAACUGAGUGGGUGUGUGUCUUGAGUGCAGCUCCCUGAAUAGA